AGGAUCCCUGUUGCCCAAAGGACCCCUCCAUCCGCCGCGGGGCAGUUAUGAAUCUUUGGAGGUGUCCUCCUUUGUAAGAAUGACUCAAAGGGCGCCAAUUGUGCCUCCGACCCUUUUUCAGUACAUGAGUUAAUUAAUUGCCAUUGCCGCCCUUCCUCCAGAUCCUCAAGCCUUCCAUCUUCUCGCGUACAAACUUCUAUAGAAAAAAUGUCGGGUCAACAACAGCAAGGAGAGGCUGCCCAGCUUCCCCAAGUGGACAUCAAGCCCCUUCUCGCGCGACUGUGGCCAUUGGAGCCACACAAGCCUGUCACGGCAGAUGAGAUCGCCGAGGCCAUCUCGUACUUCUUCACGAACCAGAUACCCGAUGUUCAGGCUGGUUCGCUGCUGAUGUGCCUCCAUUUCACCGGCCUGGAUCGGCAGGCUGAUGUGCUGGCGAGGUGUGCCGCCGCCAUGAGGAAAGCGGCCGCCCAAAUCGAUGCCGCCGAGUUGCGGUCCGUUAUCGAGAGGAGAGGGAUAGGUGAGGGGCUGUAUGAAGGAGGUAUGUGUGAUAUCGUGGGAACUGGAGGAGAUUCGCAUAAUACCUUCAACAUCUCAACCACGUCCUCGAUUCUGGCCUCCAGUCUCCUCCUCGUUGCCAAGCAUGGCAACAAGGCGUCGACCUCGAAAUCCGGAUCGGCCGACCUCCUCAAUAACAUGCAGCCUCGAGCGCCCCAAGUGUCUCUAGUCUCCCCUGGCACGAUCGCAAAACUAUAUGGCCAGACCAACUACGCCUUCCUAUACGCCCCGGUCUUCCACCCGGGCAUGAAAUACGUUGCGCCGAUCCGCAGGCUCCUCCCCUGGCGAACACUGUUCAACCUCGUUGGCCCCCUUGCGAACCCCGCCGACGUCGACGACGGCCAGAGCAGCAAGCCCAUCCUCGAGGCGCGGGUGAUCGGAGUCGCGCGGAAGGACCUCGGCCCCGUGUUCGCCGAGGCCCUACGCAUGGUCGGCGUGCGCAAGGCCAUGGUCGUGUGCGGCGACGAGGAGCUGGACGAGGUCAGCUGUGCCGGACCGACCCUGUGCUGGCGGCUGGUCCCGGGCCCGUCGUCGUCCAACCAGACCAAGGCGGAGCACUUCCUGCUCACCCCGGCCGACUUUGGUCUUCCCGCGCACCCCUUGUCGACCGUCUCGCCUGGCAAGGAGCCGGCCGAGAACGCGGCUAUCCUCAGCAGGAUCCUGGACGACGAGUUGCCCGACGACGACCCGAUCCUCCACUUCGUACUGAUGAACACGGCGGCGCUGCUUGUCAUCUCGGGCAUCUGUGAUGCGGAUGUCAGCAACAUGGGCCACGGUGACGACGGGGCAGUUAUUCAGGAGCGUGGCCCGGGCGGUGGCCGAUGGAAGGAGGGUGUCAGGAGGGCGAGGUGGGCUAUCAAGAGCGGCGAGGCAUCGAGGCAGUGGAGGAACUACGUCGAGGUUACAAACAGCUUCAGCGACUGAAGAAACACGGUCGGGUGAGACGUACUUCAUCAUCUAGAAUCCGUGGGAUUAUGGAGCAGCCCACUUUAGUAGAUACCCUGGCUUUUUGGAGUAGUAAAAGUUCUCUUCGCUCCAUCCAAAUAUAUUGAGGCACUGUUUGUUGGGUUUGUUUUCCUAUGCUCCCGCUUUCGUGGCACUAGACAUCCUUUUUGCGCGGGUACGGAGACGUGAUAACAUAUAAAUGUUAUAUAUCACCAUCUAUAGGUGCAGGUGUUGGAGCUUCCGGAGUCCUAAAC